UUCCGGUCACGAAGACGAUGAUGCUCUUCUUCAGUACCUUCAACAGACGCAGAACACACGAGGGUGCUCCGGCAAGCACAACGUCGGAAUACUCACUUUAAUCGACCGUGACAUUGUCGGAUAAAGCACAUUGUCCUGUGAUAGUGGACGUUGUGCAUUGCGAAGAUGGCAAGGGAUUGAAUUGUCUUCUUUCGUACUGUUAUUUUGGGAUCUAUCCCUCCUUAAUUCUUCCUUUGAGAUAUGUAUUGAUCUUUUAUAAAGAUGUCGUCAUCCUGUAUGUUCAGCCUGGGUCGGUUCGUUGAAGGGCAGAGAUGUAAAUGCGAAGGGGAGCAGAGUAAUUCACACUGAUGUUCAUCUUUAGAUACUAAUACAAACAGCGCUAAUGGAGAACACGUGCUUACCGGUGGUCUCGCUGGAGCGGCAGGUGGAGAGUGUGGAGAGGAGUAUCGUGUUCCUGCGACAGGAGCAGCUGUCACUGCUGCAUGGACUACACCUGGAGAUUCUCUCCCUCCAGAAACGCUGUACAGAGCUUACACAAGAACUCAACAUUAAGCCACCAGGCAGGACUGAAGCAGAGGUGCUGGAGGAAGAGGAGCAGUUGGUGGCCCAUUGCCAGGAAGUGGAGGAGCAUCUGCAGGAGCAACAGAAAAUGCAGAGCGACUUGCGAUGGGAACUGAGCCAGAAGGCGGUGAUGGUGGGCUCUCUCCGCGCCAGUCUGAAGGAGAAGGAGCGCCGUUUCCUGGAGGAACUCAAACAACGCAGCCACAGGACCACUGCACUCAACACUGAGCUGCAGAAGCAGACAGAGGCGGCUGCGUAUCUCUCCUUCCAGCUGCAUUCUGCAAAGCAGAAACUGCAGCAUCAGCGCAGGAGGCCGGCCCUGCCCAGUGCAGACAAGCCCCCCAUCUACCCCUCCCCUCAGGCCAGUGGCAGCAGCUCAAAUGUGGUUAAACCUAAACGGCGUAGCUCAAGCAGGCCGUCCUCACACUUCCACACUGAGCGCACUAGGGAGUGUGUGCCACGCGAGAGGGUGACGGGCCCUGAGGAGCCCAUGGCGAUGCCUGACCCCGCCCUCUUCCUCUACCACUAUAGACACAGAGUUCGUCCACGCCCACCGCACAGACACGCUCUGCAGGAGGCGGAGGCAGGGGAGGAGUCAGAGGAGCUUGAUCAGGGAGCUUCAGUGAGCAGACUGGCAACAACAGUAGCGAAAGCCACAGCAACUACGGCAUCAACUACGGAGAACACUGCAGAAUGAGCAAUUCAUUUACAGUUCACCUCAACAACCUGCUUGUUUUUAUGAUAUUUACCCUUGAAUUGCACCUUGAGUCCCCUGGGACAACCUUGCUUUAUUUACGACUGUGACAGAAAUGUUUAUAUUUGCAAUGCGGUUUGUACAAUUAUUGUUUUACAGUUUGUACUGCUAUGAUGAAUAGACUGAGGAGAGAUUUCUGCUUACGUUCUUUUUGAACAAAAUGCAUCUCAUCUUUAUGUUGCUGGAAAGCAUUUAUGUGAUCAAGUGCCCCAAGGGCCUCAAAACGCAAACAUAAAGAUCUCCAUAACAUGUCCUAACAAGGCGCUAUUCUACAAGUUUUUUUGAAGCAGUUAUUUUUAAAGGACAUUAUUGGGUUACACAUAUUUCUAAAAUACUGUAAUAUUAUGUAGAAUGCAUUCAAACCUGAAUUAUGUGCAUAUGUAGGUCUGUUUGCAUUUCAGCGAGUGGGAAAACGACAGGUGCUAAGUAGAGGAUUUGUAUGCGGCAAUGUACAAGGAGGAAAUAUAGACAUUAUUUUGAAUUUAUUCAGCGGAAAACACAAACUUGAAAGCUUAAAUGUGUUUGUGAAAAGUGUUUUAAAUAGUAACUUAAAGAUAAAGUAAUUAGUGAUGUAAUUACUUUUCAACAAAUUAAUCAUUGACGUAAUCAGAUAAAAAAUUUAGAGAUGUAAUUAGUAAUUUGCAGUGGAUUACUAGUGGGGCUAGCCCAGGCCGUAACAAAAAUAGAAACCAAGUGAUUGAUAAAAUGUUCAAUGUGUAGGUCUCUGUGGAACAAUAAUGGGUGUUUCCCAAUCAGUGGGUGUUUUCAAACCGGGAUGGGUGUUUACCACUUUACACAAUUUGCCUACCACAUUGAGAUUCCCUUAUUUCAUUGGAUAGUUGAAAACAUCCAUCCUGGUUUGAAAACGCCCACAGAUUGGGAAACGCCCAUUAUUGUUCCGCAGAGACACAAGUCUCAAAUGUUCUGUUCUUGUCAAUUGUCUUUCAUGGCUGGUUAGGACAAACACUCAGAUUUAGGCCACAUCUUUUACAUUUUCAUAUGAAAACGCAUUGAUUUUGCUACGUUUACAUCUAAUGUUGGAACGGCGUUUUCCUCUUUCAAACGUAGCAUUCUAAAAACGCUCUCCAUUACUGCAUACUUUGGAUUGUGAUGACAUUAGGGGGAAAAAAAUGGAUUAGUGUGGAUGUGGCGUUAUAUGGAAGAGAUAGCUUUUAUUGCUUGUAAGACAGUGUCCUUGUCAACUCGGUACUGCUGAGUCUUUGAUUGACUGGGUUUUUUUAUCUGUGCCCUUGCUGUGGAAUAGCUCAUCUCAGCUAUUUGCCAGGAUUGCUGAAUGGUCUGUUGUCUGUUUGGUGUCACCACAAGUGCACUCUCUCAGCCCUCCAGAUGUGAUGAGGAUUUUAUCCCCUAAAUACUGGUUCAUGGUUCAGUUUAGCAGAGAAAUUCUGUAUGAAUGGAGAACACUGGAGAUCUGUAGCGCAUAUAACCUGAAUCAUUUGCUUAAGUGCUUUAUCUGGUGUAUGAACACAGAGUGUGUUUAUGUAUGUGAGCUUGUUGAUUGGAAGAGAGUGGGCUCAAGGUUCAAUGCGGUCAACGCGAUGUCCAAAGGACUACUACUUUUAUGCUGCUUAAUCCACAGUCUGUGACUCACAAUGUUUUAGUUUGGUGUUGCAGAUUAAAUUAUUGCAUUUGAAACAUCACACAGUAUGUAGAAUCAUAAUCCUUUUUAUUUCAUAAUUUUCUGUUGCCAUGGUAGAUGUGCAUAUACCAGCUUUGGUGGUAUGGUGAUUAUUAACGGCAAUAUAAUACACAUUGUAAAUCUAUUUAAAGUUUGUAUGACACAAAAAGCUAGUAAAUUUGUAAUAUGUAACAUUAGAUCUAGCAGCAGGGAGGAACAAAUUUGAACGUAACUAGUGCACAUACUGAGCUGUGUAUAAUGAGGGCCAUGGUAAUAAUUUGAAUGCACUGUCAUUAUGGGAUGGGAGGUACAGACAAAAUUGCCUUUUAUGAUCAUUAACAGGCAAUAAUGAGUUCCCUCCACUAAAAUAAAAGUGUACAUGUCUCAGGUUAUACAAUUUGUGUUAGCUAAGAGAAAACACUGAGUCUCCAACCCUUUGAUUACAAAGUAAGAUGUGAGCAGACUGUGUUCACGUGUUUCUAGCUGUGGUGUGUACGCCUUGUCCCCUGCAUAAUUUUGCAGAAACAUGCUAAAUGCUGAGCUUUUCUAAAGAUAUUUGCAAUUGUACAUGUUAGAUUUGUAUUUGACAAAUGUCAAAAGCAGCCCUGUUUAUAUCUCAAGGCUUGUAUCUGAAUGCAUAAAAUUUUUUCCAUAAUUUCAAGCCCUGACAAAGUGAUGUUUGCUUCACUCAGGGUCCAAAAUACUUUAUUUAGUAAAUGUACACAAAUGCCUGACACUAUUUAAAAGGCCUAUAACCAGUUUUUGUAUUGUAAGUGCUGAAAUAGAAAUACUUUAGGACAUAGGUUGAGCUAGAGUGUGUGAUACAUGAUAUUGCCUAUAAUCACAUUCACAAGAGUAAUAGGUGUUAAUUUAUGAUUGACUUGUGUAAUUUAUAAGUUCUUUAUAAUGCCAUUGUGAUUUUCCGUACUUGUUCGUUAAAAAGAGAUAAGCAAUACUGCCUCAGUUCUACAUAAUCAGAUUUGCAACAUAGAUUGUUUUGAAUGUUUUGUUUUGAGGUGACCAGUGUGCUUACUGAGGGUUUUUUAUUCUUAAAUGUGGAAUCACCUGUCUUCCCUUUAUUAUGGGUUGAAAAAUCUGACUGUUAUAUCGGAUCCAAGGGAUUUUAAAACUUAUUUUGUGUUUUCUCAUUUUAGAAGGGCAUGUUGACAGGGAUGUGUGGUCUGAACAAAAUUUAAUGGGAAACUGCAGUACUGCUAACACGCUGUAUUUGCAUGUUGGGCCAAUACCAGACACCAAUGUCCUUUUUCACAACCGUUUGGAAAUGUAUAUCUGACUGUCCACAAAAAAAUGUGCAACAAUAAUGUCACAAUAAAAAAAAAUCUACUGUUUACUCUAUAAUGCA